UUGAGUGCGCGAAGAAAAUUUGAGCUCCCGUUCAGAACUAAUUAUUUACUAAUCGAAAGUAAUAAAAUUCAGAAAGUUUAGUGAAAAACAUUCAACAUAUAUAUUGCCUUCAGUUUAUUUUAAAAAAAUUCGCGCAAUCACAACAAAACAGUGUCGAAAAUUUGUGUGAAAGUUGGAACUCAAUAUCGUGCGCAAAGUGUAUGCAAAAAGAAAAUUGUUCCCCCAUUUGCCUCAUAGCAUUUUUCGGUGCUCAGCGACGGCGAAAAGCAAACAAGCGAAAAAGUAUUGAACGUAUAUGCAUUCAGUGAGCAAAGAGCAAACGGGCGACGGACAAAUAGCAGUUGCAAGUUGUAUAUUGUAUUUAGUAAUAGUGCUAUAAAAAUUAUUUUCGGAAAAUUCCUGGAAGCCACGCGUUUAGCUAUACUACGAGUGUUUAAUUAACAAAAGUGCGAAAAAGGCAAAACAUAAAAUAAAAGAAUCGCGCUUGAACUAAGCACGUCUGUGUAGAUGAGAACAAAGCAAUUUAAAGGGAAUACCAUUCUCAAGACCGAUUGCAGCAGGAGGGAAGCGGUCAAGCAUAGAACAGCUUUCGACACGCCGCAUUCCUCCUCGCCUUUGGGCGGAGCAACACUUUUAGCAACUAUGGAUUAUUAGCAGCUAAAACAGUCUAAAUAUCUAAAUUUCCUGCAAGUGUUUGUCCAACGAUAAAUGAUACUGGUGUGUGAAGUACAACACUCUUAGCACAAUUUUAUAAGUGUAUAUUAAGUACAAAUAAAUAAAUAUUCAUAGCUUUUAAAAAAUUAAAGCUUGUGAAUAAUUAACUUCAAACUCUUAAAUUAAUUGUGCGAUUGUCAUAUAGUCAAAUAGCUAAACAAAUUGACCAAGUACCGUGUGUAUGUGUCAACAAAAUUAAUUAAAGCAAUCAUCAUUUUACUCGUGCUUUCCCACAUUUUGCAAAUAACGCCGUAAUUGACGGGAUAUUAUUUUUACGGCCGCACAGACAGCUGUUAGUUAAUAUUUCCAUAAAAGCUGCAAUUACACAAUUUGUCAAAAUCGAUGUUUAAAUAUUAUAUCAUCAUAGAGGGCAAUAAAAAGCUUAACACUGGACCGGAAGCGUGUCUUUAAAGGGUAAUGGCGGCCUCCACUCAGGGAGAAAUUCGAGUGGGUCCCGGCCACCAGGUAAACGAUGUCUAUGCAAAAUUGCCCGAUUAUAAUCCAAUUUCAAGCUUCCCCGUUGACAAAGAGAGCGACGAACGUGAAUUAGAAGAAUCAAGAUGGAGUCCUGGCAUUGUGGCCGAUGGCGAUUUGUUAAUGUUUUUGCGUGCGGCGCGUUCUAUGGCUGCAUUUCAAGGAAUGUGUGAUGGAGGUUUAGAAGACGGUUGUUUGGCUGCUAGUCGUGACGAUACAACAAUUAACGCAUUGGAUAUUUUACACGAUUCUGGUUACGAUCCAGGCAAAGCACUACAAGCACUCGUUAAGUGUCCCGUUUCGAAGGGCAUCGAUAAAAAGUGGACCGAGGACGAAACAAAGAAAUUCAUUAAGGGCUUACGGCAAUUCGGUAAGAAUUUCUUUCGCAUACACAAAGAUUUACUACCGCACAAAGAGACACCCGAAUUGGUGGAAUUUUACUAUUUGUGGAAGAAGACACCGGGUGCCAAUAAUAAUCGACCGCAUCGUCGACGCCGGCAAAGUGCCUUGCGUCGCAAUCGUGUCACACGCGCUAGUAAUACACCUCCGAAGAAGGAGGAUACACCGGAACCACAAACGGCGACGACGGCGUCAGCGGCGGCAGAUUCGACGCGCUCGUCGCCCGUUGUCUCCAAGGAGGAGAAUAGUUCUCUAACCGAGGACGAUAUCAGCGAGUGCGACAGCGAUUCCAGUCUGACAAACAAAAGGGAUGAAUCACCAUCUAGAAUGAGGACACGCAAUAAACAGCAGCAACAACAACAACAGAAUAACAAUACAAAAGAGCAAGUAGCGAAUGGUAAACGACCCAAACGUGGUACUGAAACUCCCGAUACAGUAACAGCAGCCGAUAGUCCAAAGACACCAACUAAAGGAGCAAACGCAAACGCUGAGAAUAAUACGACAACGACGGUGGCGGCGAAUAAGCGUAAGGGCGGUAAGCAGGAUACGCCGAACAAGAAGAAGCGUACCGAUGUGGAUGGUAGCGCAGGUUCUGGCAGCGGCGGCGGCAGUGGUGAUGUCACCGAUGAUGGCAGCAGCCUUAGUAAGGACAGUGGUAAGCGUAAGCGACCCGAUAGUCCGGCGGAAGAGAGCAUGAACUCGGAUAGUCGACCUGAUUCGGUAAUGGAUGAUGCCGAGUCAAAUACGACCGAUACCGUAGAACAGUCGUUAAAAGAGGGCAAGGAUAGCUCCGCCGGCAAAGAAGAUAGUGGUGCUGCAGAUGGCGAUUCAAAGGCGGAUAUUAUUGAGAAAUCGGAAAAGCCUGCUGAAGACACCAAAGAGACGAUCAAAAAUGAUGAUGAAGAGACAAAUAUACAAGCGCCAGUUAGCGGGCAAGCGCCUGUAGCGCCACCAACAAGCGAUGCCGGUAGCGUUGCGACUAAAGAGCCGAUCUCCAAUGCUAACGAGGAGAACAUGAGUGUGGUCAGUGCGCCGCCAACACCCAUGAAAGUGCCGACAAUAGCUACCGUUGAAGCGUUAAAUGCUUCGAUUGGCCGCGGCGAAUUGUCCACGGAACGAAAAGACACUGUCGAAAAAAUGGAUGUGUCGGAAAGUAAUUCUGUUGCCGUUGAUAUAGCGAAGGAGCAAGAGAUGAUGAAGAAGAUCGCCAAUAUGAAGCAAGAAUCAAUGCAGCAACAACAGCAGCAGCAACAACAACUGCCACCAAACAAUACUAAUGUGAAUAUGCAAGAAACCGCAGUAUUCAUUAAGAAAGAACCUUUGGAUGAUUCCAUGGAUGCUACUUGCAAUCAGAACAGUAAUGAACCGCAAGAUCUAAAAGUUAAAGUGGAGAUUAAAAACGAGGAGUGCAAAAAUAAUGUGGGCAUGCCGCCGACAUCAAUGUCUUCAGCGGUCAAUGACUCAGGCGGAGGUCCAGAGGCACCGCCACAGCCGCCGCACAUGCAUAUGCACCUACCACCAACCGGUGUCCAACCACCACCCGGAUAUAUUUUAGAUGGACAACUCAAGUAUGGACCGCCGCCACCACAAUCGAUGCCAAGUAAUGAUAACAACGCACCGCCACCGUCGGGCAUGCCCUUAGGUGGCCCUCCACCAACGCACAAGUAUCCUGGUGAUAUGGAAAUGAAGUACAAUGAGUCUGCAGCGGCGGCUGCUGCUGCUGUUGCUGGCAUCAAAUAUGAAGGUGGCAAAUUUGCAAUGCAGGAUAUCAAGUAUCCACCACCUCCACUGGAACACGCCAUGAAGUAUGGCACAGUACAAGAUAUGCAAGCAGCAGCAGCGGCGGCGGCGGCAGCAGCUGCUGCAGCAGCGGGUAAAUAUGAUAUGAAAUUUGCCCUGGAACAACCGGGCAAGUAUCCCGGCGAUCUAUCUGCACAUCAACAACCGCCGAAAGGUUUCCCAGGUGAGCAGCUAAAGUUGCCUGAGAUGAAGGGCUCAAGUAUUUAUAAUAUGCCAAAUGCUGAAAGCAAAUAUGCGCCUCCGGCCAGUCAGCCGGGCGAUGUAGGUGGUUUGAAGUACGUUGGCCCAGGUGUACCGCAAGAUCCGCAGCCGCCACCUACGCACGGUGCGCCACCUGGUGCUACGCCGCCACCCGGCAUUGCGAUGCCGAAGCCCCACUAUCAGCAUGAGGUGCAACAUCCCUUGGCGCGUUCUGCUUUUGAGUCAAGCUUAAUGCUAAAGUAUGGCGAUCCAAUGUCUGCAAAGUAUGGACCGCCACAAGAUUUGAAGUAUCCGCCACCGCCUCAAGGCUCAAAUGAUGGUGGUCCAAUGAAACCAUCACCGUAUGCGGAAAAUCUGGUUAAAGGUUCUCCUUACGGCACUCAAGAGCCUGGUGGUAUGAAAUACCCGCCUUCGGAAAGCCCAAUAGAUGCAUCAUCUCGUUCGACCCCGGGUCAGGACAGUCAGGGUAGCAAUAGUAGUUCACAGCCGUCGUCACAGCAACAGCAAUUCCAAUCGCCGCAUCCAUCACCACAUUUGCCUUCACCGGCUGGUGGUGGUUUACCGCCUGGCAUGCAUCCACAAAAUUUGGUAUCACCCCACGGACCGCCAUCUCAUGGACAGUUGAAUUCCGGUAUGCCACCUGGUGCAUCUGGUCCACCACCACCCAGUUCAAUGCAUCAUCCACAUCUAACGCCAUCCCCGAACAACUCGCAACAAUUACAAGGACCACACCCACAGUCGUCUGUAGCUUCAUCGAUGCCACCGUCUUCAGUUGGCGCACCUCCGCCAUUGUCAACGGUAGCACCGUCAGGCCUACAUCCCCAGCACCUCCCGCCCAGUCACCUGCAACAGUUGCAUCGUCAGCAUCCAGAUAUGCCCGCUGGUAUGCAUCCGCAUACCCCAAUUCCACUCACAUUACAAGGUCAUGAUCCGAGAGGUGGUCCGCCGCCACCUACACAUCAAAUGCCACCCCAGCCAUUGCAAUCGAGCACAGUGCGCACGCCGUCGCCAGCACAGCAACCGCAGUCGCGUAGUUUGCACGAGGAGCGCAUGAAUAUCAAUAGUGGCACACCGACUGGACCGCCACGUGAACCACCAACAUCGCAAGCAUCGAUGCCACCCCAACAGUCACCGCAUGCACACCGCAGUUCUCCUUUAACUGGUAUGCCAGGAAAUCCACCACCAGGUCUCAUUGGUCAUCCUAUGCCCAUACAUCCACAUUUAGCGCAUUUGCCCCCUGGUCAUCCAGCACACGCUGCUGUCGCUGGCGUUGGCCAUCCGGGACAUCCAAUGUUAUCGCACUCAAUGGCCGGUUUGGGUCCGGGAGGUGGUGGCCCAAUCGCUCUAUUGGCUGGGCCACCAUCGUUGACUGGCAUGCCAGAGUCGGCACUCAGUAGACGCACACCGCCAUCACAUAUUGCACCACCGCAUUCCUCGUCUGCACCGCCACAUUCAUCUGUUUCUGGUAGUUUGUCUUCUACCACAACGUCAGUCAGCACUGCAACAAGCACGAAUACUGUGCCAUCAUCUGCCUUUAGUCGCGCUAGCCCGAGCGUGCAGGGACCUAACUCCAACAUUGGUGGACCUCAAAGCAUCGGCGGCGGUGGUAGUGCUGGAUUGCCUGGAAAUAGCGGUACACCUGGUUCAAACGCUGCGCAUCGAUCAACAUCGCCUGCUUCAAGUGUUAGCAGCUUGAGUCGUCAGAGUCCGCUACAUCCGGUACCGCAAAGUCCACUCAGCCAUCAUCCGUCGUCAUCGGCACUAUCGGCGGCGGCUGCCGCAGUAGCAGAGCGAGAUCGUCAUGCACUCUUACGACAGCAAUCACCGCACAUGACACCUCCACCAGUAUCCAGCGCUUCCACGUUGAUGGCCAGUCCAUUGAGCAAAAUGUACUGCCCUCAACCGAAUCAACGCGUACUGGGCACUUCACCGCCACCGCAUUUAAGGCCUGGCGCUUCACCGCCUGUCAUCCGACACCCACAAAUGCCACUGCCAUUGCCAUUAAUUCCGACAGGCGCUGGUAUACCGCAAAUAGCCGUACAUCCCGGUCAGUCGCCAUAUCCCCAUCCACUUUUACAUCCCUCAAUGUUCUACUCCCCGCAUCAUCACAAUCCCUUCAAUUAUGGCUACGGACCAUACGGACCUGGUUUCCCCACAGCCUACAUGAAACCACCACCCCCUGGUGGACCACUUGACCCAGCUUCGGUGCUAGGUGGACAUCAUCCUGGUCUACCGGGACCGCCGCCCACACGUCCCGACGAUCCAGCAAUGGCAGCUGCAGCAGCGGCGGCGGCCGAAAAACAAGCAGUAGCUGCUCACCAGUUAAAACAACAGCAACAACAUCAUCAGCAUCAACAACAACAAGCGGCAGCACAAGCGCAAGCUCAGGCUCAAGCUCAAGCACAGGCACAAGCGCAAGCGCAGGCGCAGGCACAGGCACAGAACAAACCCCCAACACCAAAGACGCCGCAGGGCAGCAAUAGCAGUGGCGGUCCGCCGGGCAGUUCACAUUCGGCCCCUACUGGUCUGCCACCAGCUGGUUAUCCAGGAGGGCAUUUAGCCGGUUAUCCACCACCGCCGCACUCCUCGCCAUUCCAAGAUGGUCAGCCAAUGGGUAUGAAGCCAACGUCGCACAUGGAUGCGCUGCGAGCGCACGCACACUCGGCUAAUCUGGGCGGCCCACAUCACCCGACGGAACCAUUACCGAUUGACAUCGAGCCCGAUCCAGAGCCAGAAAUUCCAAGCCCAACGCAAAAUAUACCGCGUGGUCCUAGUCCCGAAGCCAAGCCUGACGACACCGAAUGCCAUCGCUCGCAGUCCGCUAUCUUUGUGCGUCACAUCGAUCGUGGUGAUUAUAACUCCUGCACGCGUACGGAUUUGAUUUUCAAGCCUGUGGCAGACUCGAAACUCGCGAGAAAGCGUGAAGAGCGCGACAGAAAGCUAGCCGAAAAGGAGCGUGAGCGGCGUCAGCAACAACAGCAACAGCAACAACAGCAGCAGCAACAGGCUGUCGCAGCACAACAGGCGGCCCAACAGGCCAAAUUGAAGGCCGAACUCAAACCGCCAUAUGCGGAUACGCCAGCACUGCGUCAGCUAUCCGAGUACGCCAGGCCACAUGUGGCUUUCAGCCCUGUUGAACAGAUGGUACCAUAUCAUCACCCAAUGGGGCCAAUGUAUAGUAGAGAGAGGGAAUUGGAAGAGAUAAAGAACGCACAAGCGGCCGCCGCCAGUCAGUCGCGCAUGGAUCCGCAUUGGAUGGAAUACUACAGACGUGGCAUACAUCCAUCACAGUUCCCGCUGUACGCCAAUCCUGCGGCUAUUUCACAAAUGGAGCGCGAGCGUUUGGGCAUACCGCCGCCACAUCAUGUUGGCCUGGAUCCCGGCGAGCAUAUGAUACGAUUGACGAGAGAAUAUCAUGCACACUCUCAUACUCAUUUACAUUUGCCUUUGCCUUCACAGCCGCAACCACCGGAGGCCGGAUUUCAACUGCCACCGAAUGUUGGCCAGUAUCCACGGCCAAGUAUGCUUAUGCCUAGAGAACCGGAUGUUUUGCUGCGCAUGUCCUACGCCGAUCAGCUUCAGUAUUUGCAGGCUGCGGAAUUUCAGCGACAGUCACUGCACGAGCAGUACUUUAGACAACGGCCCAGAUAAAUGGACCACUUUGGUAGAACGUUUUAUAGUAUGCGUUAAGUUUUCGAACCCAACAAAUGGAUUGAAUAAGCUGCGGAAAAAAACUUGGAGUUUCGUUAACGCGUCCUUUGUGUAGCGCCAGUACGUAGUGUGUAAACGCUUGGAAAUAGAGUGAACGUUAAACGUUAGUGCUUGUGUAAAUAAUGCGUAGCUGCGUACGUGUACUUCAUCGUUCUACCAACACCACCACCAACAACAACAACCAUCAUCAUCACCACCACCACCAUCAACAUCUUUGAUACAAUCCAACAACAAGGAAGCCAACAAACUUAUGCGUCGCAACCACUUCGCUCCACUCCACUCCACUCUACUCGAUUCCACUUCACUUCACUCCACUCCACUUCACUUCACUGUACUCCACUCCACUCGUAUCAGUAUCGACUCGCAUCAUAUUGUAAUGUUAAGCAACAUCAUCGCCAAUGAAAUGUACAGCGAACACUAUUUUGUGUUUACUUUUCCCAUCCAUAAUUGUGAAGUACAUUUCAUUUGUUGUGUAAUGCUUGUGCUUUGGGCAAUUAAUUGUUGCAAUUGUUGACAAUUCCUCCCCUCGACGGCGAAAAAAAUCAACUACGUUAGUAUUUACUUGGAAUAAAUAGCACACAACCGCCAUAAAGCAAAAACAAAACGAAAAAAAGUGCAAUGAAUAUAUUCCACAAAUCAAACAACCGUUAUAAUGAGUGAUGAACACCGAACUGUAAUGGAAUUGGAACAAAGUGGCAAUGCAAGCAUAUUUAUAUCAAAUAAGUUGAAUAUUUUAUAAAUUUGUUUAAUACAACAAACCAAUGUAUAUAAACACAUACACAGAAGUGAGACGAAAGAAGUAGUAGUAUAUGUGUAUAACGGCGCUAUUAAGCCAACUCGAAAAUAUUUGAGCAACACUUAAGAAAGCGCGUAAACUGCAGUACAGUAAAUUUAAAAAGUAAUUAAAUGAGAUUUCUAACAAGGAAAGUGUUAAAAAAUAUGCGAUAACUGAAAUUAGUAAACAAAAAAGUGUUUAGUGGUAUAUCUUGUAAGUUAUAUAACAUAAAUUUAUAGAUUUUUGUACAAACGUUGUUUUCGAAAUUCCGUUUUUGCAACGCGUUCGAUUUACAAAAAGCCAAUAUUGAGCAAAUCUUUUCACGGCAGUAGGCGUUAGACACUAAAUUAGUGAUAAAUGCAGUAGCUGAGAAGUUGACAACACAAUACAACAAUAAAUACAUAUAGAGAGUAUAAAAUUCAUGCGCCAAGGCAACGCGUUUGCUUAGACGUAACCCAAAAAAAAUACGCUUACAUAUGGUUUUUUCGCUUAAACCAAGCUGUUUUUGCAACAACAAGCACAUUAACGGUAGCUGCUAAAUGUGCAGUUAAUGAUUUUUGAGUUAUUUGUUAGAAAACAAAGCUUUUUGACGGAAUGCGUUAUUCUUGCAGGCAGCGACAUGCACGUGUUCACUACACACACAUACAUAGAUGGUAGUUAUAAUUACAACUGCAAGCUGUUUCAGUUAACCAAUAAAUAGCCAUGACAGUGAAGUGUUUUAAUACUAUUUUUUAGAGUUUUCUGUUUUAUUUUACAAAGAAUAUUAUAUUUGUAGCUGCGCUGUGGCACUAUUGAAUAGACAAAUUAUGGAAUUGUGAAGCAUACACAUACAUGCAAAUCGUGUUGAAUAUACAUCUAUAUAUUCAUCAAAUAUACAUAUAUGCAUAGAUGUAUAUGUAUAUAAAUUCACUCACACACACAUAAAUCUGUAAAUAUGUUACUUAAUUGACCAAUUUAAUAAUGAACAAAUGUGAAGCGUGUUUUUAAGCGAUUCUCCUUGAAGUAUUUUGUUUGCUAGCAUAAUUAUAUAAUGUACUCCUCGUUUGUAUGCUUUCAACUCGUAUUAAACAUAUUUAUUUAACACACGUUAGUAUUAUUUGUUUAUUUAUAUAAUUAAUUGAAUGCUAUUUAUACAUUUACUUGACGCUCAAAUUACUUGUUAGCGUCGAAUUUGAAUAAAAUAUGCCUAAAAUGUAAGCAAAAUACUUGACAAACAUUUUCAAAAUUAGUCUAAUGCUAUAUUUUUAAGCUGACAACUAAACUAUUUGAUUUAAUGAUAAUAUAUAAAAGUAGUUAAUGACAAGAGUUGAGCUGUCGCCCCCAAGCAGCACCGCCACUUGCAAUUUCUUUGAUAACUAUAAGCGCAUGUAUAUAUUUAGGUACGAUAUGCUAAUGUAAAGCCAAAAUGUUUGUGUAUGUAAAUUAGUUGGUAACAGAAACAGAUUUUUGAAAUAAAAUUCGAAUAUGGCUCUAGUACUUUGGUGGCUAGCACGUA